CGUCCGCCGCGUGCGCAGGCGCAGACGGCCCUUCCGGCGCCGGCGGCCCCCGCGCCCCUCGCUGGGCGAUGCUGCGGCUCGGCCGCGGGCAGGCGGCGCUCGGGCGGGUGUGGGGCGCCGAGAUGCCCAGGAAGGCUGGUGCGACCGACAAGGGCAAACGCCGGAGCGGGGGUCCAGAGCGCCCUCUUCCUCCCGUAGGGCCUGUGGCAGUUGAUCCUAAAGGUUGUGUCACCAUUGCCAUCCAUGCCAAACCUGGUUCCAAACAAAAUGCUGUAACAGACCUGACCGCGGAAGCUGUAAGCGUGGCUAUCGCGGCCCCUCCGUCUGAAGGAGAAGCUAACGCCGAGCUCUGCCGGUAUCUCUCCAAGGUCCUGGUGCUCAGGAAGAGUGACGUGGUUUUGGAUAAGUCAUCCGAUCUGGUGGUUCUUGAAUCUCCAAAGACCCUUCAAAGAAGAAAGGAUGUGGAAGCUGUUUUUGAUCAUCGUGAUUUGGGGAGGGAAAGAACUUGACUACCUUUGCUCAUCAGAAGAGGUGACUGGCAGCUGUGUGCUUUGUCUAAGUACAGGAGAAAACGUACUGAUGGACAAAAAUCUUUAAAAAUACAAACCCAUUGGAAGGAUCAAUGAUGAAAAUUACUAACGGUAAAAGAGCUGGGAACCAUUCAUCUAGCACAGCUCCUACUCUGUCAAUAGGAAUCAAGGAUAAGAAAAGUGAGGUCGCAGGAAACAAAGCAGAGCGUGGGUUGCACUCGGCUGCCCUCUCCUCUAAGCCGUUAGCCGCGCUGCCUCCGCGCGUGCCUGGUGCUCCUGGUGCACACGGUCUUGGCUUAAGGACUUGCCCUGCUCUUCUCGGCACCGCGCCAGUGUGUGCUCUCGAGGCAUGUUUCUGUGCAUCAUUGUUAGAACAUGGCUUCCCUUUCCUCCUCAGCAAACGGGGUCACCUUAGCAGUCCCAUGCAGGGCCCUUCCCCACAGUGACAAUCCCAGCUAAAGCCUGGGCACCUUGCCUCAGCGGGGUCCUCCCCCGAGAAUACUGCAGCAGGCCCAGUGACCUAGGCCCAAGGAAACAAGAUCUCUAACCCCUGGCCCUGCCCACCUCCAUUAAUUUUAAGUGAACACCAGCUACACAGGCUAUGGAGUGACCUGGUGACCCGGCAUUCCUUGUCCCGUGCUGUCCUGAGGGCACGUCUUUGAGGCAGGCCCUGAAGGUCUGAAAGAUGCUAUCCAACUGGUGAAUAGCAUCGCGGUGACAUUCUACCGCUGCAUCUGUCAUUUACUACUCCUACCUGAGUACAUGAUCAUUGCUCCUGCAAAAAUGAUGUAUGGGUAACUUACUAGUCCUCCGCAGACGCUGCCGGGCUCGGAGUGUACACUGACGGAACGGCGGAAGGCAGGCCUCGCGCUCCCACCGUGGAGGCGGGAACAAGCCCGGACUCCUGACUCCUGUGCCGGCUGAGGCGGGAGAACCAGCGGGUGUGGCAGCACCGUGGCUGUGUUUAAAGUUCCAGGCAGAUAAACAUUCCCAAACUUCAGGAGGCAGUUCUUCCCUGGGCUGUGAGCUAUCAGCAUCCUCCCUCUUACAGAGUCUAAGAAUUUGAGUAAGUACUUCAUGCAAAAUAUAAAUUUUAGAACCCA